UUAUUGGGCUGCCAAACAACACUUGGGCCAUUGCAUUGGAAACGAAAAGCGCAACGUUUUAUCACUUCGACAGAGACGCCUCUGCAGAAAGCGAAUCUGUUCCGAUAAUCAUUAAUCCACCGCCAUAAAAUCCCAAAAAUUCGAACAAACGAAUCAGAGAUUGAGCAAAACUCGAAAGAAGAAAUGGCGAGUCGUUUAAUUCUUAAAAAUCUCUCAAAACGACAUCUAUUUUGCUCCAGCUUCGCUUCUCGAUCAGCAAGUACUUUGGUCUUAGCCGAGCAUGAAGGUGGCUCGAUCAAGGCUCCAUCGUUGAGCGCGGUGGUGGCUGCCAACUCUAUUAGCCAAGACAAUUCUGUUUCCAUCCUAUUGGCUGGCUCCGGUUCUUCCCUUCAACAAGCCGCCCAGAUGGCUGCCACGUGUCACCCUUCUGUUUCUCAGGUUCUUGUAGCUGAUUCAGAUAAAUUUGCAUACCCUUUGGCUGAGCCUUGGGCCAAGUUAGUCCAAUUGGUUCAACAAAAAGGAGGCUACUCUCAUGUAGUUGCUACUUCAGGUUCAUUUGGGAAGAACAUAUUACCUCGUGCCGCUGCCCUUUUGGACGUUUCUCCAGUUACUGAUGUUGUUGAAAUUAAUGGACCUCAGCAAUUUGUCAGGCCAAUUUAUGCCGGAAAUGCCCUUUGUACAGUUCGAUACACCGGUGCCAGCCCUUGUAUGCUGACAGUUAGAUCCACCUCUUUUCCAGUGCCUCCGAUCUCGGUUGAUUCAAAAUCUGAUGGGGCUCCUAUUUCUCAGGUUGAUCUCUCAACCUUAGAUGAAGAUUCUAUUGGUAGAUCUAGAUACAUAAAGCUAUCAUCAGAGGAUACAGAUCGCCCUGAUUUGGGUAGUGCACGCAUUGUGGUUACUGGUGGGAGAGCUUUGAAAAGUGCUGAGAACUUCAAAAUGAUAGAGAAGCUAGCGGAGAAACUUGGUGCAGCUGUUGGUGCUACCCGUGCUGCAGUUGAUGCUGGUUUUGUGCCCAAUGAACUUCAGGUUGGUCAAACCGGGAAAAUUGUGGCCCCAGAACUAUACAUGGCAUUUGGUGUUUCAGGAGCCAUUCAACACUUAGCAGGCAUGAAAGACUCUAAGGUUAUUGUUGCUGUUAACAAAGAUGCAGAUGCACCCAUUUUCCAGGUAGCUGAUUAUGGACUCGUUGGUGAUCUUUUUGAAGUGAUACCAGAGUUGUUAGAGAAACUUCCUGAGAAAAAGGGUUGAACAAGCAAUAACAUGAAAGGAUGAGGCGGCUCGGGCUGGUUGCUUUGCCUUUAGAUGAAGCAAUAAUCUUAUUGCUUUCAAGUAAAACCGUGGAAAUUGCAACACCAACCAUCUAUUUCUUCAGAUAAUUAAGAUUGAAAGGUGAGGACAUCUGAACAUACAAUUAUGAUUGUCGAUCAACACAAAUAUAUGACCUCCGAACAUGAAUUACUACCUAUUGGCUACUCCAAAAGUUUCUAUGUUUGAUAGGGAAGAUGAAAAAGAAGAAAAAAAAAGAGAAUUUUUAAUCUGCUAGUUGAGAUUUAUAAUAAUACGUAUUAUUUUAUAGCUUAAUUUUUAGAUUAAUUUUUUUUUCUUCCUUUCCUCUUUUCAUCCACUCUACAGAACGGAGUCAUGUUUGUAGGGAGAAAAGAAAGGGUUGUUGGAGAUACAUAGUCGUUCAAAAGGAUCAUAUAUAAGAAUAAAGUAAUAUCUUUUCGCGUUUGUUUACCGA